AUGGCCUCAGGGAAUCACAGCAGUAUCACAGAGUUCAUCCUCCUUGGGUUGUCUGCUGACCCACAAGUCCAGGCUCUGCUCUUUGCCCUCUUCCUGCUGAUUUACCUCCUGACUCUGCUGGGAAACCUGCUGAUGAUACUUUUGAUCCAUACAGAUACUAACCUCCACACGCCCAUGUACUUCUUCCUGAGCCACCUCUCCUUCCAAGAUCUCUUCUAUUCCUCCGUUACUGUACCCAAGAUGCUUGAGAACCUCCUGUCUCAGGAGAAAACCAUCUCAGUGAAGGGCUGCCUGGCUCAGGUCUUCUUUGUAUUUGCCACCACAGGAAUUGAGGCCUGUCUGCUCUCCGUGAUGGCCUACGACCGCUACGCCGCCAUCUGCCACCCUCUGCUCUAUGGCCAGAUGAUGAGCAGCCAGCUGUGUGCGAGGCUGGUGUGGGGUUCUUGGACUGUGGCCUUUCUGGAUGCACUCAUCAAUGUGCUCCUGGCUUUAAAUUUAGACUUCUGUGAGGUUCAAACGAUCCACCACUAUUCUUGUGAGCUGCCUUCCCUCUUCCCCCUCUCCUGCUCCGAUAUCUCCACCAACUCUGCAAUGCUGCUCUGCUCUGCUCUCCUGCAUGCCAUGGGGACGUGCCUCCUGAUCUUCUUCUCUUAUGCCCGGAUUGCCUCUGCCAUCCUGAGCAUCAGCUCCACCGCAGGCAGAAGCAAGGCCUUCUCCACCUGCUCCUCCCACCUCCUUGCCGUGAUCCUGUUCUACGGUUCAGCCAUCCUCCGCCACCUCAUGCCAACCUCAGGUUCACCACUAGAGUUGAUCCUCUCCAUACAGUACAGUGUGAUCACUCCCCUAAUGAAUCCUCUCAUCUACAGUUUAAAGAACAAGGAAGUGAAAGCAGCUCUGGGAAGAAUGACAGUGAAAUAUUUACCAUGUAACAGAAAGGACAGAAGAGAUAUAGCAUGA